AGUGGAGAAGUGAAAGAGGCAGCUGCAGUCUGGCACUCUCAGUUGACCGCCGACUUCUGCUGUUGUAACGCGUCCGUUUGCGGUCCGUCCCCUGCUCUCUGCCGCACCGCCGACCGGCGUCCGUCGCCAGGCGACAUGGAGCGCGUGGCGGCGCUGUGCGGCCGCGCCGCGGGCAUCCUGACCGCAGCCAUCAAGUACGGCUGCAUCGUGCACUGUUCCACCGAGUACGUGGCCGACGUGGUCAUCUGCACCGGGCCCAGCAUGGAGCCCACCAUCUACUCGCACGACGUGAUCGUCACAGAGAAGAUCAGCCCGCUCCGACAGCGGAUCGCCGCCGGCGACAUUGUCGUGGUGCGCUCACCGUCCGCUCCCCGUAACAAUAUCUGUAAACGCGUGACAGCCGUGGCGGGUGAACGCGCCGGUGCACGAGGCGUGCUCGUCCCGCGUGGCCACCUGUGGCUCGAGGGGGACAACGCGGCCAACUCCAACGACUCGCGCAACUUCGGCGCCGUGCCGGCCGGCCUGGUGCGCGGCCGGGCGGUGCUCAAACUGUGGCCGCCCGCCGACGCCGGCUGGUUUGACUCGCGUGGCUGGCGGCGGCAGCACGGCAGGGAGGAGCGCCAGCGCUGGUGAGGACGGUGUAGGUGCUGGAUAGGUCGGACUCGGUGGCAAUGUGCUGUGAUGGAGGCAGGCGCCGCAGUGGGGAGCGCCGCCUGUGACCGAAAGUCCGCAGGACCAGCUUGGACUGCUGGACGAUGUGGCGGUUCGCCAGAGGCAGGUGCCAACAAAUGACUCCCACCCUACUGGACGGAGCGUCAUCGCUUCGGUCGACAUCUAGGUAGGAAUUGUUUGACAACAGCUAUGGGCGAUUCGGUCAGUCACCUCGAACGGACUUGUUGGAUGUAGUCAUAUUAGCCGUGUUACCCUCAUUUUUCAUCAUGUGUGUUAUCAGUAAGUAGUAUUUAAAUCAGAUUUUGACUCAGGACGGCGUUGUUGGACAUUUAGUCAUCAUUUUCACACGUCGGAGCCAUGAACGAUAGCACCAAAUGUUCUCACACAGUGUGUCACCAAGUCUUGAGUCCUCCGUUUACGCCCUCCGUUUACGUUGCGGAUUGUUUGCAAUGCGGAUGAAUCCACCAGCAAUACAAUAUACAUACUCAUGUGCAAA